AUGGCGGAGCUGCUGAACUCCUCGUCCUCUUGGAACCGGUCCGGCUCGGGUCUGACCUCGUCCUCCUGGAACCGGUCCGGCUCGGGUCUGACCUCGUCCUCCUGGAACCGGUCCGGCUCGGAUCUGACCUCGUCCUCCUGGAACCGGUCCGGCUCGGGUCUGACCUCGUCCUAUUGGAACCGGUCCGGCUCGGAUCUGACCUCGUCCUCCUGGAACCGGUCCGGCUCGGGUCCGACCCGCCUCAGCAGCCCGGAGGACGUGGACCUGCCCGGGGACGGGUCUCCGGCCCUGCGCAUCCUCAUCUCCACCGUGUACUCGCUGGUGUGCCUGGCCGGGCUGGGGGGGAACCUGCUGGUGCUGUUCCUCCUGAAGGACCCGGGCCGCCGGAAGCGCUCUUCCAUCAACCUGUUCAUCCUCAACCUGGCGGUCACGGACCUGCAGUUCGUGCUGACGCUGCCCUUCUGGGCGGUGGACACGGCCCUGGACUUCUCGUGGCCCUUCGGGGACGCCAUGUGCAGGAUCGUGCUGUCCCUCACGGUCAUGAACAUGUACGCCAGCGUCUUCUUCCUCACGGCCAUGAGCGUGACGCGCUACUGGUCCGUGGCCUCGGCGCUGAAGGACCGGACCCGGCGGCGGGUGGUCCCGGUGCGCGCGGUGGUCCUGGGGCUGUGGGGGGGGGCCAGCCUGGCCUCGCUGCCCACGGCCGUGUUCUCCACGGUGCGCCUGGUGGCCGGGGAGCGCCUGUGCCUGCUGCGCUUCCCGGACGGGCCCGCCUGGCUGGCGCUGUACCACCUGCAGAAGAUCCUGGUGGCCUUCGUGCUGCCCAUGGGCAUCGUCAGCGUGUGCUACCUGCUGCUGCUGCGCGUCGUGCGCCUGCGCAGUAUGAACAACAACCAGGUGAAGCGCCGCUCCAGGGUGACGCGCUCCGUCACCAUCGUGGUCCUGUCCUUCUUCCUCUGCUGGAUGCCCAACCACGCCAUCACCCUGUGGGGGGUGCUGGUGAAGUUCAACCUGGUGAACUGGGACCGGACCUACUUCCUGGUGCACACGUACGUGCACCCGGUGACCGUGUGCCUGGCGCACGCCAACAGCUGCCUGAACCCGGUGCUGUACUGCCUGAUGCGCCGCGAGUUCCGCAAGAAGAUGAAGGACCUGUUCUGGAGGAUCUGGACCCCCGGCGGGACCCGGACCUGUCCCAUGAGACCGUUCUCCGGGACCGUGCGUGCGGAGCCGGAGGUCGUGAUCCCGCUGACCCACGUGGACACGGACCAGUACCGACUGUCGGUGGUGACGGAGCAGUGCGACACGGACGCGCUGCAGCGGUGA